CGAGCCGUCACGUGACACCGCUACUUCCCAAGCUCCGCGGGGCGCUGACGUCAUGAGCAUCUUGCUGCCAAAUAUGGCGGACUUUGAUACCAUCUACGAAUUAGAUGAGGAAGAGGAAGAGAACGGUGGAGAACGGGAGGCGGCGGCGGCAUCCGGUCGGGUAGUCGACGAGGCACACUUACUAAGAUACGCGCCUGACUCGGUGGUAGUGCGGGGAGCCGGGCACAUUACCGUGUUUGGCUUGAGCAACAAGUUUGAUGCCGAAUUUCCCUCUGUCUUAACAGGAAAGGUUGCCCCAGAAGAGUUUAAGAUUAGUAUUGGGCGUGUAAAUGCUUGCUUGAGGAAGAAUCUGCCACUGAAUGUCAAAUGGCUGCUUUGUGGUUGUAUCUGCUGCUGUUGCACUUUGGGCUGCAGUCUCUGGCCUGUAGUAUGUUUAAACAAAAGGACAAGAAGAUCCAUCUACAAAUUACUGGAAUGGGAAAAUAACAGAUUAUAUCAUAAGCUUGGCUUGCACUGGAAAUUAAGUAGAAGAAAAUGUGAAUCUAACAACAUGAUGGAAUAUGUAAUACUUAUAGAAUUCUUACCAAAAUAUCCAAUCUUUCGACCUGACUGAAGAGAUCUCGCUGCUGUCAUUUUAUUCUUGUCUUUCCUAUCCAUAGUGCCUUGUAGAUGAUCCUAGAAAGGAAGGUAUAAUACAGCUGUGUUUUAAAAACACAAAAUGGGUCAUUUAAAUAAUCAUAUAAGACCCUGAUAACCCUGGUGUUUUUUUUUUUUUUUUUUUAUGCGUGAGAAAAUGUACAUUUGGACAUAUUAUUUUUUUAUGUUAAGGGAAAGCAUCUGUGUUAAACUUAUUUACACCAUUGAAUGCCAAAGUGGCCAAGCACACAGUGUUAAGGUCCCUUGAGCACUGAAUGGGUGAAUUUUAUAUUCUCACAUAUGUAAAUAGCUGCCAUUGUGUAGUUUGGAUAUUAGUGCUGCUUUAAGCUCUAGAUUGUUGCCUUACAGUUCCUUCUGGAAUGUUUUUACUGGCGCGCCUAACGCUUUUUAUGAACACUGUAGCUAAAAUACACUUUAAAUAAUAGAGCGGGAUUAAGCAAUUAUUCAGCUGCUGAACUACAACUCCUAGAAAGAUGCAGAGUGUUAUGUUAAAAUUCCACAGCUGGAGGAUUGCCUCUUCAAGUGAUGUAGCAAAUAAUUAUAUUUUAGAGUCUAGGAAUGCCAACAAAUAGAUCCAAACAAAUUUCACCGACUUCUCCGAUUUAAGGAAUCACUUGGAUGUCCUGUCAGUCUUCAUUGCCCAGAUGAACACUACGAAAUGCACAUAGCGGGAGCAUGGGUGCAUAGCUAUUGCACACACAUUUGCUCCUUAUGUUUAUAUGACCAAUUUUUAAAAGAGUGAUCAUCAUAGGCACAGGAUGAGUAGGUAAAACACUACCUGGAGUGCCAAUGGCAGCUGUAAAUUCCAGAGUUGGGUGAUGGCAUCUCUAGCCUCACGC